AUGGCAGCUCGUUUUGGGGUGAGUGGUGGGAAUAGACGUACUUCAAACGCCUGUUUUUUCGUCAAUCGAAAACCCAAGGAGCAAAUUACUAAUUAGAAAAAAGGGAGUUCUAAACCAGGACUGUCGAAAUUUAAAAGUUCUGACAGUCACAAUAUAGAAGAAAUGAAUCUUCCCUCUAUUAAAAAGAGACUCUCAUAGGAAUAAUCGAAAUAACAAAAUACUAGACUUUCAAGAAGAUUUUAGGGGGAGAAAAAUAAGCAGCCAAGGUAAACUAGCUCGUCAGAGCACAAGAACCAGCAAUAGAUAAUGCAUGAAUUUUCAAUGUUUGGUGGAAGAGAUAGAGUCGGUUCACUAGGAAAACUUUAAUAGCAUGGUAAUAUAAAUCCAUUACGAGCAUAGAUAAAAGAAUAUUAUUAAUCUAAGGAUUCUGAUGAUGAUCAUGAUGCAGUAAUUUCUGAAAAAUUCCAUUAAUCAUACAGGGCUAAUUAAUUUGAUGUUCCUUUGAUAUUAGUAUCGACUCUUUAGGAGAGCUAACCCAGAGUUGAAUCAGCAAGAAAUCCUUAUUUAAAAAAACUAGGAGAAUACAUGAAGCAUGCUAUUCAAGAAAAAAUAGCAUUAAAAAUUUUUAGUAUCGGAGUACAACAAUAGCAGCAUUAGCUAUAACUUUAACUUGAAAAGGAAAUUGAAGAAGUUAAAGAAUUGUUUUGGAAGAAGUUAACUUAAAUUGCAGUUGAAAUAUACAAAAAGUACUGA